AAUGUACUAUGUUUGGAAUUCAAAACCAAGCAUUCAACAAGUACAAAGGAAUCGUCAGUUCAUACAAACACCACAGUGCCUCAAGAAGUAACUGUUCCUGUCAUUUGACAGGGCAAUAUAUAUGCCAAAUCAACAUUCGUUUGCUGUACUUGGCUCCAAAUGUAAAAAGUUCACGGUCACUUUUGGUAGUGUGGUCAGAUAAUGAACCAUGGAAAAUAAUACGAAAGGAAAAUCUAUGCUAACACCAAAAGAUGGCUGUAUUUUUUGCUCCAUUGCUUACGGAAAGACAAAUCAAACAAUCUGUUUCGAAACCAAUGAUUUAGUGAUAUUUCAUGAUCACUUACCGAAAGCUCAGUAUCACUUUCAAUGUGUUCCUAAAAAGCACAUAAGGAACGCUAAAUAUUUGACUCAUGAAGAUAUACCACUAGUUAUGGAUAUGAUGAAUUGCGGAAAGAAUUAUCUCACUAGUCAAUUGAAAUUGGACCCAGACGAUUUCUUGUUUGGAUUUCAUUGGCCACCAUUCAAUAGUGUCCAUCACUUACACAUGCACAUCCUUGGACCUAAACAACUUAUGAGUUUUAAUCUAAUGUUUGAUCCGCGGUUUCAUAUUUUCCGAAAGGUUGAGAGAGUUUUGGACGAUUUAAAAAAGCUCAAAAUUGAAAGGAAGAAGUGAAAUAGGUCGACCUCAAGCAGUCCAAUGAAUAACUUAAUAUUUAGUUGGCUUCGUUUACGUGCUUUCAUAUUUUCUUUUCUAUUUUGCUGAUCAUCAAAUCAAUGUAGAUAGUUCUUUUUUGCCGUGUUUUCGAAUCAUGUAAUUUGAUAUACAGUCUACUAUUUCUCAGAACAAUCUUAAAAGCCGUUGUGAUAUUGUUUCGACAAAAAGUAUGUCUUCAUUAUUUUAUCAGAUGCGAUUCUCAAUGAAUUAUAUUUUCUAUGAUAUCUUUA